AUGCUUAGACUCAUUCGCACUCAGGGGCAUCAACACCUCCGUCCGUCGCUCCAAAACGGUCAACACCAAUACAGGAUUCCAGCCUCCAGGAACUUUGCCUUGUCCACCAAAACAAACCAAGCUUCAUCCGCUCCUCCACCUCCAACUCCAACUCCACCACCAAAGCCCACAAAGUCGCGCUUAUUCCGUGUGGGCCGUGCAAUCAUCUUGACAGGAGUUGGAGUCCCAGUCGUGGGUGCAUUAGCCUGGGUCACUUACGACACGCUCUUUGAGACCCAUGGCGAUAUCAUGCACCAGAAACGUCCUCGUCAUGUUGUCGGCGGGCCCAAGAACCUGGUCAUGACCCAUGGAUGCAAAGGAAGUGUUCUUAAGGCCGAGGAGAUCCAUCAGAACGACCCUCGACAGAGGCUUGUCAUCCUCGGGAGCGGGUGGGGUGCCGUGUCUGUGAUUAACCAGCUGGAUCCUAAAAAGUUCCAUGUCACCGUCAUCUCCCCAACAAACUACUUUCUCUUUACGCCAUUGCUUCCAAGCGCAACCGUGGGUACUCUCGAGCUGAGAUCGCUUAUCGAACCCGUCAGGAGGCUGUUGUCGCGACUUGGCGGAUACUACUUGGAGGGGCGCGCUGACGAUAUUGAUUUUGAGAACCAGUUGGUUGAGGUCGUCGGAGUCAAUGACAGCGAUGGACGCAAGUUCUAUGUUCCCUAUGACAAGUUGGUGAUUGCAGUCGGCUCAGAGUCAAUGACCCAUGGAGUUGAGGGACUGGAGCACUGCAACUUCCUCAAGUCGAUCGGAGACGCCCGUGAUAUCAGGAGGAAAGUUAUGGAGAACUUUGAAAAGGCCAGUUUGCCCACCACCACCGACGAGGAGCGUCGCCAACUUCUCAGUUUUGUCGUCUGCGGUGGAGGCCCCACUGGAGUCGAGUUUGCUGCCGAGUUAUACGAUUUCUUGAGCGAGGACCUUGUUGGAUACUUCCCUGCAAUUCACCUCGACGACGUGCAGGUCAACAUUAUCCAGAGUGCAGAACACAUCCUCAACACCUAUGACCUGAAGAUUAGUGAGAUGACGGAGGCAAAGUUUAAGCGGGACAAAAUCAACGUGGUGACCAACUCGCGCGUCGUCAAGGUGAACCCGACCUCGGUCGUCUACAAGGACAAGUCGACUGGAAAGCAGCAGGAAGUACCCUUUGGGGUCUGCCUGUGGUCGACUGGAGUUGGAAUGACUCCUCUUGUCAAGUCUCUUGUGCAAAAGUUGCCCGAGGGUUCGCAGCAAAACAGGCAUGCGAUUGAGACGGAUCGGUACAUGCGUGUCAUUGGAACUCCUGAAGGAACCGUCUAUGCCAUUGGCGACUGUGCCACCAUCCCUCAACCUCACUUUGUUGAAAAGGUGAUGGACAUCCUGAAGGAGAGCGACACCAACGGAGACAAUGUCUUGAGCUACGAAGAAUUCCAAGAACUGGCCAACAAGAUCAUUGCCAAACAUAAUGUCCUCAAGGUCUUCCUUGGCCGUCUGGACAAGGUCUUUGAGGAAUACGACAAGGACAAGAACGGAACCUUGGACCUGGACGAGAUCCGAGCCUUCCUUGUCGAUGCCGAGAAGGGAUGCACCGCCUUGCCCGCUACGGCACAAGUAGCAAACCAGCAGGGCAAAUUCGUCGGAGAAAGGAUCAACACCCUGCACGCGAUCGAGAACGACCCCGUGGCCGUCGCAGCAUUGCCCCAAUUCAACUACAGACAUCUCGGAUCGCUGGCCUAUAUCGGUGGCGGCGGCGCAGCCUUGGAUAUGGGCCAGGGUUUGGUCUAUGGAGGUAUUGGCUCAGAAUACUUGUGGCGAUCGGUCUACUUUAGCGAGCAGGUUUCGAUCCGGACACGUCUCCUCCUCCUCAUGGAUUGGUCCAAGCGCGCCCUCUUUGGUCGCGACAUCAGCAAGUUCUAA